AUGCUACAAAUUGUUAUACAAAGUCCAAACAAAGCGCUGAUGAUGGGAAAAAGCCAGCGAUUAGCAGCCAAUGGCAGGCGAGGGCCCGAUCCCCGAGAUGCCCGAAAACUCGGGCACUACGUGCGUCUACCUCGGAUCCCCCGGGACCGCCGGAAAGGCGAAGCCCAGGCCAACCACUUGACGCUGCCAGACUGUCUGCCGGCGACAAGUAGCCGCGGUGGCCAGUGUUUAAAUGUUCGCGCCCCGGUGCGCAGCCUUUUAGUCGAUCAGCGAGUCAGGAUGAGCAAGGACGCCAGUGCCAGGAUCUGCCAGCGGGAGCGACGGCUCCUGCGGACGCCCAAGUGCGCCAGGUGCCGCAACCACGGCGUGAUCUCCUGCGUCAAGGGUCACAAGCGGCUGUGCCGCUGGCGCGAGUGCUGCUGCCCCAACUGCCAGCUGGUGGUGGACCGCCAGCGGGUCAUGGCCGCCCAGGUGGCCCUGCGCCGCCAGCAGACCAUGGAGGCCCUGGAGGCCACCACGUCCUCGUCGGCGAGGCCGCCGGUGAGUGCCACCUCCAGCAGCGAGGGCGAGGAGUCCCUGGCCUCCACUUCUCCGCCGCCGGCACACCCACCUUUGCAUCCGCAUCCGCAUCCGCAUCCACAUCCUCAUCCCGCAUCAUCUGUGACCACCGCCUCCUCAUCCGCCACCCGACAGGCCCUGAUGGCCCAGAAGAGGAUCUACAAGCAGCGAUUGCGCAGCCUGCAGCAGUCCACGCUCCACAUCACGGCUGCCAUGGAAGAAUACAAGCAGCGAUUUCCCACGUUCAGCUCGCCGCUGAUGGAGCGCAUGCGCAAACGACGGGCGUUCGCCGACCCGGAACUGAACCACGUCAUGGAGGCGACGCUGGGCGGCAACGCUUUGUACUUCGCCACCGUUGCCGCCGCCGCCGCCGCCUCGGUCCGCCAGGAGCAGCAGAUACAUCAUCCAGUGCCAGUGCCAGUGCCGCCGACCCUACCGCCCUCGUUCCCGCCCAGCAGCCGGAGUCCCGCGACCACGGGCACACCCUCCUCCGCCUCCGACCAGAAGCCCAAGCUGAGCUUCUCCAUCGAGUCCAUCAUGGGCCUCAGCACGUAG